CAAAUGAUAAACGCACAGGAUAUUGUAAUCGUUUACCGCUCGACCGAUUUUGUACAAACUUCACAUAAACCAUCUACAAAAUAGUCCGAGCAAAGUCUAAACAUUUGGUUUAUAUACAUAGAAAUAUGCACUGAAAGGCAACAAAAGGAGCGGCAUUCCAGAGCCAUUUGAAUUUGGAUUUGUGUCUUCUAUAUAGAUUCUUAUGAAAUAAAUUCAAGACUGUGUGUGUAAGCUUCAUAUACGGAAAUGUUUGCAUAUUUGGUGUCUACCUGCCUUUUGCUUGUCUGCGGUUUAACUGUCGUUCAUGGCAGCUCUAAAUUCAGCAGCACAACCCAAUCAAGUGUUUCACAAAUCGAUCUUGAUCCAAUAACCGAGACUUUAAAUUACCGCAUCUUUGGCAAGAAAGCCAAUGAAAACAAAAUGCGUUUCGAUGGAUUGGACGUACAAUGCGUACGACAUGGGCGUUGUAUUCCCGUAGAUCCAGAAUAUAGCACUUGUUUUGGCAUUAAGUUACCCUACAAUUAUACUAGCCUCGAUCUCACAGAUUUCUACAAGAAGGAGAAACUGAACGAAGUACUGAGCGGUUAUCAUGCAUCCUUGCGUCAUGUGCCCAAAUGCUGGGCUGUAAUUCAGCCAUUUCUAUGCGCCGUUUUUAAGCCGAAAUGCGAGGAAAUUAACGGAAAGGAGAUGGUCUACCUGCCUUCCCUCGAAAUGUGUCGCAUUACCCUUGAACCCUGUCGCGUCCUUUACAAUACGACAUUCUUUCCAAAGUUUCUGCGCUGCAACGAAACCCUCUUUCCAUCUAAGUGUAGCAAUGAUGUGCGCGAAAUGAAAUUCAAUGUUACCGGUAGUUGUCUAAAGCCACUGGUAUCAACAGAUUCGAGUGCCAGCUAUUAUCCGGGAUUUGAUGGUUGCGGCGUACAAUGCAAGGAUCCAUUGUAUACGGACGAUGAGCAUCGGCAGAUACAGAAGCUUAUCGGCUGGGGUGGCACUUUGUGUCUUUUGUCCAAUUUAUUUGUGGUGGCCACGUUUCUUAUCGAUUGGAAAAAUGCAAACAAAUAUCCCGCACUAAAUGUUUUCUACAUAAAUCUCUGCUUUUUAAUCGCUUGUAUUGGGUGGCUCCUGCAAUUUACAUCUGGAUCACGUGAAGAUAUCGUAUGCCGUAAGGAUGGCACACUGCGUCAGUCGGAGCCAUCAGCCCGCGAGAAUUUGUCCUGCGUUGUAAUAUUUGUUAUGGUAUAUUACUUCCUUACAGCGGGCAUGGUUUGGUUUGUCUUCCUCACCUAUUCCUGGCACUGGCGGGCCAUUGGACGCGUCCAGGCAUGUGUCGACAAAAAUGGUUCUUACUUCCAUUUGGUCGCCUGGUCGCUACCGCUAGUUUUGACAAUAACAACAAUGGCCCUAAGCGAGGUCGAUGGCAAUGGCAUUGUGGGAAUCUGCUUUGUAGGAUAUAUCAAUCAUCCAAUGAGAGCUGGCUUCCUACUGGGCCCGCUUGCCGGUGUCAUACUCAUUGGAGGUUAUUGUAUAAUACGCGGGAUGGUGACUCUCUUUAAUCUAAAAAAAUACACCAACGAAAUCAAAUCGACAUCGGCCAGCAAUCGUCUACACUUUAUGAUAAUGCGGAUGGGUAUUUGCGGCUUGCUUGUGCUUACCUUUAUUCUGGUGGUCAUUGCAUGCCACGUAACCGAGUUCCGGCAUUCUCACGAAUGGGCGUUAAGCUUCCGGCGUUAUAUAAUAUGUCGUAUUACUUCCGUUUUUGACGAGCACAGGGUUUGCAAGCUCGAAAAUCGUCCGAGCGUUGCGAUCCUACAGUUACAUCUUCUUUGUCUCUUUGGCUCUGGAAUACUCAUGUCUACAUGGUGCUGGACGCCAUCCUCAAUCGAGACCUGGAAGCGUUACCUCAGAAAAAAGUGCGGCAAUGAAAUUGUGGAGGACGUCAAAAUGCCUAAGCACAAGGUGAUCGCUCAAACCUGGGCGAAACGCAAGGACUUUGAGGACAAGGGCCGCGUGUCUAUAACGCUACAUAAUACGCAUCCUGAUCCGACGCGUCUUAAUGACGGCGCAAACGAUGUGAGUUCGGUGGAAACGAAUGAAAUCAGCACUACAUGGGUCAACAAUCUGAUGCAGUUCAUGAAACGCCGAAAUGCGUUGCCCGGUGCGGCAGCCACAAACUCAUCCAGUCAGGGACCGACAACACGCAAGAAUUCGUUGGACUCAGAAAUCAGCUUCAGCGUGCGUCAUGUAUCUGUGGAGUCGCGUCGCAAUUCUGUGGACUCGCAAGUCUCGGUGAAGAUUGCCGAAAUGAAGACUAAAGUGGCAUCGCGCGCACGCAAUCAUCACGGUAAACAUGGUGGCGGAUCGACCUCGAGCAGGAAUAAACGUGCUGGCCGUCGCAGCGAUUUCAUGGCAUCGGCAACGGCCGCUUACGGACGGAAAUCCAGCGGGCGACGCGAGAGCAGCACGUCUAUUGAGUCCCAGGUCAUAGCCAUGCAAAAGUUGACCUAUCCAAAUGCUAGUCAGAAAGUGGGGAUAUUUGCGCGUAGCACCAAAUCCAAGCAUCAGUCCAUGAAGCGGCGCAGCGCUAAUGCAGGACUGGAUCCCGCCGUAAUUGGGAAUUUAUUGCAGCAAAAUGGUGACAUCUAUUCCUUUUGGCAGAAUCAAGGCAUGUCCACCUCAUCGGAAGAGGAAACUUCAUGCAAAAUUCAAGAUCCGAAUGUUGCAGACGCUGACGAUGAUUAUGAUAGGGGCAUUGUAGAAUUAGUUCCCGCUAUUCAAGAGCCCUAUGAAUCCUCCAGCAACAACAAUAACAAAAAGCAGGCUGCUGCAUUGGAACAUCUGUUAAAGAACAUGCACAAAUCCAACGAUUCCAAUGGCAAUCGUCAGUCCCGCAACUCAACCCGCAGCCGCAAAUCUCAGAAUACAAAAUCUACAGCGGCUAUGAAUAGCGGUGCAGCGAGCAGUAAGCGCUCAAGGAGCACAAGAACCAACAAAGAGCGCACAAAUCCCAAAACCCUAGGCUGUGAGGAUUUGAUGGAUUUCAAUGCGUUCUAUACUCGUGGGUUAAUGGCCGCAAAUGGUGAAACGCUGAGUUGUUCCUCUGCAGAACUGGAGCUCGAUUUACCCAUGGGCACUACGCAUUCGUCCUAUUCGGGCAUGUCCUUGGGCAAGCCCAACUCGCGCAACAGCAAGACAAGCUGUGAUGUAGGUAUACAGGCCAAUGCAUACGAGAUAGCCGCCUCCUAUGGUGAUGAUGAGCUUCAGAAUGCAAUGCGUCUGCUGAAUGCGGCCAGUCGUCAACGCAUGGAGUCGGCGCCAGAGGAGGCCACGGAGCUACAAACACUGCUGGGUCACAAUCAAAGGCAUAGAGAGCCGCAUUUCAUGAGCGAAUCGGAAAAGCUUAAAAUGCUGCUGCUACCAUCGAAGUGAAUCUAUAAAUCAAACGAUCGAAAAAUGAAACUCGAAACAAACUGCAUUUACUUAAAAGCUCAAACCCUUCCAUUUA